AUGUUUUCAUGUGAACUUGAAUUACUAUUUAUCACUAAUGGAGUCCAAUCUUUAAAAAAAGAGAAAAAUUUCCACGAAGAGAUGUCAAUUGAAAUGGAAAAGCAUACAAAUAAACAUUUUAGAAUGAAAGAAUUUCAAGAACGUCCAUCUUUACUGACAAUACUUUUGACUCAAAGAGAUUUGUCAUGUCUAAAGAAUUUCUUGCGCGCCAUGUUUUUCCCACUAUUUUUGAAACAAUAUUUGAAGAUAGCGUAUCUCACGGGAAUCCAGUGGAUCAUUUAUGACUGCCUGCAAUUCUGGAGUAAAAUACUAUGCAAAACGGAACCAAUGAAAGAUUUUAUCUUUUUAUUUUUUCUCUAUGUUAUCUAUUUAUGUGCAUUAUUCUAUUGCUGUUUUCGAUUUGCUUUAAUGAUGCAACUCGAAUUUCGAAUGCAUCUUUAUUCUAACCUGCGAAAGUACAGGCAUUUCAAUAAAAGUUCAUUCUUUCAUACCUGA